GAAUCCCGGCUCCAUUCUAGGGCAGGGCUUUAGCAGAGGUUUUUGUGCUUGGCCGAUGCGCGGCCAUGGCGCUGCGCGGCUCCACCAACGAUGUGUCAAUCCACGACAUUAAAGAGGGAUUUGAUGUGGAGAAGCUCAAGACAAAUGUAGCCAAAGCCUAUCUAACAUACCACGAGAUUCCGGACGUGGGGCUCAAGCACGAACUCCUCCGCCGCAUCCGUGACCAUAUCAAGUACCGAAAGUGUGGAACUCUCAGGGACUCAUAUCCCCCUUCUUCCUUUGUUCUUCCCUGUGAUGGAGUUGUGUGUCCGGACGAUGUCAUCCUCUUUAAAAGUUCCAUGAACUCGACGGUUGCGGCCCGUGUUCUUUCUGUGUCCCGCCAAUGCCGCAAGUUUACGUUGGACGUUUUAUGGAGCGAAGGAAUGGCACCAUACAAAGCUUUCCACCACUAUUCUUUUCCCUGGCAAAAGAUCGGCCAGCUCCAAAGCACUCGACAACCGGCAGAGGACGAAGAUCUCAGGAAAAGGAAUGCAAAGUCGAUUCAAUCACAGUUUUUAAAACUAGCAGAGCAAGAAAAGGCAUCUGAUUUAACCAGGAAACAGCUUAGACCAGAACGAGUCCGCAACAAAGCCAAGAACUCCACUGCCCGUGACGAGCAACAUUCCAGGGGUGAUGGUGCAGGCCCUUCCACAGCGAUAGUAGCACACGUAGCGCAAAGGGAAGGAGCGAGCACUAAUGCAGAUCCUUUGACUGCGGCGUAUCCUUCAAGUGGCGAGGAACUGGAAGAUGACGGUGACCCUGGCCUUGUCCUCGACUCUGGCGACCGCCAACCCCUUGAAGCCGAAAGAAGGACUGACGUGGAAAAGAGAAGGCUGGAUCAAGAAGCUGGAAACGCCUGUGUUCCCUGCUAUGGCGACGACGGAGCGGCUGUCCAGAACCUCGAAGGCGAAGAGAGGAGGAAUCAGGACGCUGAAACUGCAGCUAGCGGACAUGGCAAAAGGAGAAGACUUGACGAUGGAAACGAGAUGUACACCGGUCGGGUUCUCAACUUCGACGACAGUGAACCGGUUGAUAAAAAUCUUAAAGUUGAAGGCAGAAAGAGAAUUCUACCUGAAAGUGAAGCUCGGUCGGAACUACACAUGGUUUCUAUUGAAGACGAAAAGACAAUGCGGGCUAGAGAUGGAAACGAGAUGUACACCGGUCGGGUUCUCAACUUCGACGACAAUGAACCGGUUGAUCAAAAUCUUAAAGCUGAAGGCAGAAAGAGAAAUCUUCCUGAAAGUGAAGCUCAACUACACAUGGUUUCUAAUGAAGACAAAAAGACAAUGCGGGCUAGAGUAGGAAACGAGAUGUACACCGGCCGCAUACUCAACUUCGACGACAAUGAACCGGUCGUGCUGAACCUUGAAGGUGAAGGAGCCAAAUCUGAAACUCCCCGUGAAGUCUGCUCUGAAGGCAGAAAAAGGAAGCGCGACAAAGAAUUAAAUUAUGGGAGCGAGAUGUACACCGAACCAAUCGAUCGGAACAUUGGAGCUGAACGCAGGAAAAGAAAGAAAAAGGCGGAAUCUGAAGGUCCCCGACAUUCACCGCUAGAAGGCAAAAGGAGAAAGCGGAACAACGAGAGUGGGAGGGAGAUGUACAGUGGCCGUAUCCUCCACUUUGGCGAUAGCGAACGAGUCGUCCAAAACUUUGAGGUUGUAGGCAGAAAUCAAGAAGUCGAUGCAGCUGAAGGUCCCCGACAGUCGGGCAAAAGGAAAAAGCUGUCCAAAGAACCCAUAAAUCACAGCCAUAUGUACACUGGCCGCGUUAUCAACUUUACUGACAGUGAACCGGGUGUCGAAAUUAAAGGCAGAAGGAGAAAUCAGUCAUUUGAAACUCAAUCGAACCAAGAAACACAUGGAAGCAAAAGCAAAAGACGGGACCAAGAUGCCAAGAGCGAGCAGGAGCACGCGCGGCACAAAGGCAAAACGAAGAAGCUGAACCGAAAGGGCGAAAGCGAGGAACGAAACACCUAUACCGCCGGCCACAAAGUUGACAACUCGUUCGAAGCACCAGUACCAGCUCCGAAGCCUCGCAAAAAGAAAGGUAUGCCUUUCUGUGCUGUACUGAAGCUUUCUUCUUUGACAUGGUCAUCUCAAUACAAACAAGCUUUAUCCAACAAGCCAGUUGAUGGCCCCAGAUCUACGCCGUUGUACAAGCAGAGGCCUGACUGGGAGAAGAAAUGGAAUCCCCAGUGCCAUGUCAAGUGCGUGGGCUGCAACAAAAACAACGCUUCCAAGAUCUGUGUCGAAAAGCGAUGCUGCUACUGUUGUAAGUCGUCCAGAUGUGGUCGGCAUACGUCCCGCAGAAAAGUAUAGAUGGAGAGCUAUCAGCAAAGACCAGUUUUUUCUUCGCUAUUUACGUGAAGCCAGUUCCAGUACUGCUCCA